UUAUUUUAAUUAAAAGACCAAGAAAGAAACCAUAAUUUGAUAAAAUAUAGUUAAAUUAUUGGAGAGAUUGAGUUUUUCACUUAUUUACACCUUUAUUAUACCUAAAAUAUGAUGUAAUAAGAGGAAAAUCCUAAGUAAUUUGACUAAGAUUACAUGUAACUUAGACCAGAACGGGUCGAGAAUGGGGCGGGUCAGGGCAGGCCAGGUUGAUGAGAGGUAACCAUUCCCGCCCGCCCCGCUUACGGGGCGGGUCGGACCCAUCCCAAAACAGGUCAAACAAGUCGGGUAAAUCGGGUCAGGUCCAAAUUGCCAUCCUAACUCAUACUCACAUAAGAAUCGAGCAGAAAAUUAAAAUCGUGCCUAUUAUCGAUGAUUUGGGUUUCCACGUAUUAUCUAUGGGCAAUAAUUUUUCUUUGUCGAAAAAAUUAUUGCAAUCCAGGCAUGAUUUUAACCUAAUAUUAUAUUAAAGUAUUUUUCUAAUUCUUUUUCAUUAAAUAGUAAAACCAGUGGGCCAAUUAAAUCAUGAUGGUUCAUAUAAUUUUAUACUGAACCGUGAAAAAUCGUUUGCUCCAUACUAUCUUGAUCGUUCUGCUGACCUGGCCGGACCAUUAAUCCAAUUCGAUUCUUGUAACAAAAUACGCAUCCAAAUUUCUGAAGUAAACCUUUUCCGUUACUUAUAGGUGAUCUGCAUCUCUAUACUAUAUAUAUAUAUAUACACACAAAUAACACAAUCCGACAAUCGUCGGUAGCUGAUUUCUGAAGUAAACCCCGUCUGCCCUGUCAAUCUCCGAUGACGAUAAGCAACUUGGGAGACGACCUUCUCGUAGAGAUUCUGAUUCUCAGCUUCCCGAACCCUAGGUCCGCCUGCCGGAGCAAAUCCGUCUGCAAGAGGUGGAAAACCCUGAUCUCCAGCCCCCGUUUCAACCGCCGUUUCGUUUCACACCAUCAGAGCAUCAACGAACCAAAACCCCCUAUCCUUGUUGCCUCCAACGACCCGGAAUCGGUCAUCCGGGGCUUCCUCCCGACGCCCGCUCCUAGUGCCAACAGAUACGGCCGCCCACAGCCUUUCAUUGUUUUCGAUUCCUUCGACGACUUGCUUUUAUGCGGGUUUGCGGAAGCAGGUGAAAUCCGAUCCCAUGAUGAAAUCUUCAGAUCGUACUUGCUGUGCAAUCCAUUUACGAAGCAGUGGGUAGCCCUUCCUCUGGCGCCUGAAAGACCGGUUGGGUACAAGAGCUUAGUUCCGAGCUUGGUUUGUGAUUCUAAUAUCAAUCUUGAUCUUGGUGAUGGCCAAGUAUUUACUCAUAGCUCCGACUAUCGGUUCCGGGUGGUGUGUAUGUAUCAACACAACGAUUCCACCAAGUUAGACGUGUUCUGUUCCGAGAUCGGAGAAUGGAUGAAGGAGGCUCUUGUUCUUGAUGGCAUUCUCAAACCUCCAAGGAUCGAUAUCGUCUCGUGCAACGGGGCUGUUUUUUUGUCAUAUCUUAGAGCACAGGCUAGUGUAUACGAACCAUGUGUUGUGGCUAUUAAUCCUUUCCGCCUUGAUGCACCUCCCACUCCAAUCGACGUUACCACCCCGCUCUUUGACAAACAGUGGAGCUGGAAUAUUUCUGUGUCGAAGGGUGCUCUGCACAUGAUUGUGUACGAAGAUCAUGGCACGACACUUACAAUUUGUGCGGGGAUUGUGUUGAGUGUUUGGAGACUGGAUGAUGGAGAUCAUCUUACAUUUUGGAGGAAAGUAUGUGAAGGGCCAGUAAGGCUGGGUAAUUUUAGACUCCCGAGCAUGUGUUUUGUUGCUGCUCUCCAUCCAGAGAAACCAGAAAUUGUCUUCUUCCAGCAUUUGGAUUCUGGUCCUGAAGGUGGUCAAUUGUCCUGCAAUUUGGGGACAGGGGGAGAGAUAGAGUUCGUGUCUGAACUGCAAUAUUUUCUACGUUGGAGAAUGUUCCAAUCUAAGGUUUAUUGUUGGUACACUCCGAUUCCAAGGUAUCAGGUGCUACGAGGUAUGUACGAUGGAAGCUAUAGCUGUUGGGUACAGGGCAACAACGAAAUCGACACUCCUUUCAUAAAAGGUACUCAUUCUCUUAUGGAUAAUAUAAUGGGUGAAUAGUGUUUUAUGAAGUUAAGUUGACAAGUGUGUUUGUUUAAACUGCCUUUUACUAAAAAAUUGUUCUAUUAAAAACUUAACUUGAAUGAAGGGAUUAAUGUCGCACAAUAUUAUUUUUUGUGACCCGAUUUUAUACCGUAUCUCACAUAUCGUAAUUUGCUAUGAUUGAUUUGAUUUCUAGAUCAAUUGAAGGCCAACCUAAUGGUGGAAUUCAACAGUUUGUCUCUUGGAAUAAGCCGAAGGUGUUGAAAGGCGAGCAAGAAUAAGAUGGAUCACGUAAGAAAUACAUUAUCAUCUAUGAGUUAGAAGGAAAGGAGAUGAUUAGUUGGCAUGGUGGUAUAUAUUUUUCAUGAACUAGAAGGUUAUUUAAAGUAUUUAUCUUUCAUGUAGUGGUGUGUGAAUUAUUUCAGAUUCUUAAUUUAAAGCAAAUUAGAAUGACAUCAUUAUUUACCAUUUGAACGGGAAGAAUUUCAUCGAUUGGUGUAGUAGGUAUUGUAUGAUAUUGUUGAUGUACUAAAGGAUAUUUAAAGUAGUUGAAUUGCUUAUUACGGUAUGUAGCAUUGUGUUGCUAGUUGUGUUAAUUUUAAAUCUUGAAAGAAUUGUCGUGAUAUAAACUAGAGUUUGAAGAAUUUUUUAUCUAAUUCAAUCCAAUCGCCACAUCAGUGAAAUUCAACUUGGUGUGGUUCGGGUUGGUUACGUUAGACAAACCAAUUUAAUUGAAUAUCAAUGUAUUAAAUCAUACCGAAUUCAAGGUCGUGCUUUUCUACAUCUCACCAGUUCUUGAUUGCUUCCCCUUUCAUUUCUAUUCACACCAUUCAAAAUUUCAAUUUCAAUAUGAUGGAUGCAUAAGAUAAGAUGUACAUUACUAGCUAUGAGUUGUAAGGAGAGGAGAUGAUUAAUCCGCAGUGGUAGAUAUAAAAAAAAAUAUCAUUGCAAAAUCUAACAAUUAAACCCAAUUACGGGUAUCUUUCCCUCCAUUCUAUCAUAUUUAUUGGUUUACUUGCUUCUCAAAGUUAUUAAUGUAACUGAUUGCAACUCCAAGUGUUGAAAUAACAUUUUCAGUUGUGCGAUACUUUAAAAACAAGUUUCGGAAUCGAAUAAGCGAUAAAUUCGUGAAUGAUUGUAUAGUAAGACAAAGAUUUGUUGAGAGGUGUAGACACCGAGUGCCUUUUACAACUUUUUCGGAAUAUGAAAACACGUUGGAUACUUUUGUUAUAUUAGAUAUUUUAUUAUUGAAUAAUUAUUUAGUUAUUAACUUAAUUUUUAAAAGAAAACACACUCAUAAAAAAAAUUCUGGCUUCACCACUCGGAGCAACUCAAGUACGUUUGUCUAGCUAAUCGACUAAUAGUGCUCAUGUAUGAAUACGCAGUAUCAAAUGCAGCCGGUUAAUCCAUCAAUAUAUGACAAUUAAAUGUGUAUUUGAGAUUCUUGAUAUUUCAAGAUUUCAUGAAUCCCAUAAUAAUAGAGAAUUAGAGAU